AUGGGCCGAAUUGAUAUCAAUCUCUCCUUCCCUUCUAGCCAGGAACCUUCUCAGCUUGAUCAACAAUCGCCCGUAAAGCUGACAGCGACACACGUCGCUUCCUCCGAACACGUAGAAGAUGUUUCAAUCAGCGAUAAAGUCGACGCUACCCAGAACUAUCCCUUCAGGCCUCGUGUCCGACGGGAAGACUUGCGCUUCGUGGACGCUUCAGAGGUCGCGAAGAGAGACGGCAUCGGCCUCAACCGAUUGUGGAUAGUGGUUGACGACAUCGUUCUCGAUUGCACAGAGUUCAAGCGGAAACAUCCGGCUGGAAAGAGCAUCAUCGAGGGCUUUGGUGGACACGACUGCACCUGGCAGUGGUGGUCUUUCCACUCGCAGCAAAUCAUGCAGAAAUACGGCAACAGUUUGCGAGUUGCACGAACUUCCAACGUUCCGAACAAGUUUGACCGCCCCGUCCGCCGAAAUAUCGAGCUUCCUACCGCUGGUGAGCAGUGGUGA